GGUUUAAAGACUUCAGCAGGAUGGCGCGGAAACUUGUCACACCACCAGCGUACAACUACGUUUAGGUUUUCAAAGUUUUGUUUAGUCUUUUUUGUUGUUUCGUUGUUAUUACUCCGCUGGAUUGUCUGACAUUUUCAAAAAUGAGUGUGUUGGAGGUGAAGUUCAUCGGGGAUGGCGAUGUUUUGGAGCACAUCGUGGACAAACAAGAGGGUGUGCAAAGCAAAGGUGGGUCUGCUCAGAGGAUGGUGACGUUUAAGAGCCCAGCUGGACGGCGGGGAGGCAGAGAGGAUGCACAGGAUGAUGUGGAUGAAAAUGUAGUCCAUGAUGAGCAGAAUUACAUCCAAGCUUUAGGAACAGACAACACAGAUGAGGACAAAGAUAAUUUGUCAAGAGUUGCUGGAUCCUCUAUUUUCACUUUCCAGAAAGUCAAACGUAGUCACAGCAUGGCCCAAACUGCAAGUGAAUUGGCUCGGACUCCUGGAAAAAGCGUGAGCUUUAGCAUGACUCCAAACCUUGAACCUUCCACUCCUACUCGAACGGGCCGCAACCAAAGAAGUGAAAGCAGGACCCCACAGCGGAGCAAGAAGGUCCGGUUUGUGUCAACAACACCACACAGGCUCAGGAAGAGACUGACAGCUCCAAGCCUUCGGUCAGACAGCGACAGCGAGCUCUCGUCCUCUGACUCUGGGGAAGAGGAGAAUGAGGAUGGGCUUGAGGAAGAGCAGAAAGUAAAGGAGGACAAGGAGAACUUCAAAACCCCAAGAACUCCCAGUAAAGGUUUAUCUGCAGCUCUCUACAAGACUCCGGCCAAGAAAAGCAAGAACAAGCAAGAACUUCCCAAACAGCCCACCAUGAUCGAGGAAUAUUUCGAAGCUCAUGGCAGCUCUAAAGUCUUGACAUCAGACCGCACACUGGAGCGCUUGCACACCCCUAAACUUGACAGGGAGACUUUGGUUCAUCUUUUAGAAGGAAAACCAUCCUGUUAUUCAAAAGAAGUGCAGCAGCUGCACACCAAACACAGAAAGCACUUUAACAAAUGGAUGUUACAGUUACAGUUAGGAUUCAGUGUGCUGGUCUACGGUUUGGGCAGCAAGAAAGCUCUGAUGGACGACUUCCGAGUGUCCUACUUAUCUCAAGAGAUCCACCUUGUGGUUAAUGGAUUUUUCCCCUCCAUUACUCUUAAAUCGAUAUUAAAUGCUCUGACAUGUGAGGUUCUGGAGCAUCAGGGAAGUUUCCGAACGCCCUCAGACCAGAUCCAGUUCAUCGCUCAGACCCUCAAAGACAGCCCAGAUCUCCAUGUGUACUUGCUCAUCCAUAAUAUUGACGGGCCAAUGCUGCGAGGAGAGAAGACCCAAAGUGCACUGGGGCAGCUGGCAUCCCUUCCUAACCUGCACUUGGUGGCCUCUUUAGAUCACAUCAAUGCUCCUUUAGUGUGGGACCAGUUUAAGCAAAGCCAGUUUAACUGGCUGUGGUGGGAGUGUGUGACGUUCCAGCACUACACAGAGGAGACGUCAUAUGAAAACUCUCUGCUGGUGCAGCAGACCGGUGCUCUCGCUCUGUCCUCCCUCACACACGUUCUCCGCAGCUUAACACCCAAUGCAAGGGGAAUCUUCAAACUUCUAGUGAGAUUCCAGCUAGAAAACAAAGACAACCCUUCGUACUCAGGACUAUCAUUCCAAGAUUUCUACCAGAGGUGUCGAGAGGCUUUCCUGGUGAACUCUGAUCUCACUCUGAGGACUCAGCUGACCGAGUUCAGAGACCACAAACUGAUUCGGACACGCAAGGGUGCAGAUGGAGUGGAGUACCUGAUUGUUGCCGUGGAUUCAAGCACACUGACGGACUUUUUGGAGAACGAGGAAGAUGACUGAGAAGAUUCAACUUCGGGCUUAUAAACUGUCUCUUCUUGCAAAUUUUACCUGAUAUAAGGGCUUAGUUACAUUUGAUUACCAUUAAGUUAGAUUGGUGAAAAAUUUGGCCCCAUUGUAGCAGUAUGGCAUUUAAAUCAUGUUUUCAUAUGCUUGUGUUUAUAGAAUACAUCUAUUAGUUAUUAAAAGCAGCACCUGGA